UUUCCACCAAAUGCAUCCGAUGAAGUGAGCUGUAGCUCACGAAAGCUUAUGCUCUAAUAAAUUUGUUAGUCUCUAAGGUGCCACAAGUACUCCUUUUCUUUUUGGUGAAAUGUAUGUAAGCAUAUUAUAUACAAAGUUAUGUAUUUAUACUGAAAUGUGGGUUCUUCGGGUAUGUAAGUUAAGACCGGUUAUUAGAAGGCGAUAAGUUCUGGUCAGGCAGGAUAGUAGACAUUUAUCUCCCUAAGUGGUCAUAGCAUAUUGCAUAUCUUACAAUAUAAGUCUAUUUGCAUAUGGAGCUACCAGCUAAUCAAAAUUUCAAAGUCUACAGGAAAUCACAAAAUCUACAAGAGGGAACACAGCGAAGAGUUAGUCUGGUAUAUCCGGAGACCGCAAGGAGACACAAGAGCACCUGCGGAACAUGCACGUACUAAGCAUGGAAUGGCAAGGGAACAGCAAUUCUACGUUUCAUGUACUAACUAUCAGACUGUUCAGCUGCAUUAAUGUAUGGAGUCUGGGUAUCGCAGGAGUCCUAGAGCUGUGCUGGCAACUUGCCGAGACUGUAGAUACCACUGUUUAGUCUAUUUGAGCAUCAUAUGACUUUGGGAAAAUAUUUCAGUGAGCAGGGUUUCACUUUGCCAUGUUCUAAGGCCAUUUAAAGCCACCUCUGCCUCCCAGUCAUCAUUUACAGCAUGGACAAAGAAAGGCUUCAAGAUGAGCUGCGCAUUUUUAGAGACAGGAACUUCCUCCGGCAGAAGCUGAGAUCCUCCCUCACAGUCUACGUGCUGCUGGCGCUUUCUUACCUGCUGAUUGUCAUCCUGUUUGUGGUGUCGCUCUCCAGAGUUUCAAUGCUCUCUUCACAAUUUAAUGAAAUGCGCAAGGAGCUGAAACGGAAUAAUUCCAGCAACGAUUUCAAACUGUUCCCGUGCGGACCUGAGGCCCGGGAAUGGGAAUACUUCAGCGGAAAAUGUUACUACUUCUCCUUGCAUGCCACAUCUUGGCAGAGGGCAAAGGUGCUGUGUGAGGAGGAGCAUUCGUACCUGGCCAUCGUUAACAGCCAUGCCAAGCAGAAUUUUAUCAUGUACAGGACACGCAACCAGCGCUUCUGGAUUGGCCUCUCAGACCGGAACGCAGAAGGGGAGUGGAAAUGGAUCGAUGGGAGCAACUCCACAACCGGUUUCACGUACUGGAAGGAGGGGGAGCCCAACAACAGUGAACAGAACGAGGACUGUGCACACGUCUGGACCUAUGGGGAGUGGAACGAUGUGCAUUGCACAUACGAGUGCUACUACAUCUGUGAAAAGCCUGCACCUCCGUGAGCAGAGACCAGACCAUAGCCACCUCCCAGCCACACUGCCUGAACCUGCAGGUCAGUGCAGAGAGCCAGCGCUGCCUCCUGGUGGUGACAGAGAUGCAAGCCAAGGUCCAGCACUUUGACACUGUAAACAUCAUACUAAUCUUUUUACUUUCCCCUGCUCUUCUGUUCUUAAUUUAUAUUCCUUUUAUCUUUGUGUCCAUUUCCUGUCUGCUCCUCCAUGGGUCUCUCUCAGCCGUUGGGUCAGUAUCCUUGGGAGGACCCAGAAGGGACUUCUGAUGCUAAAAGUCUGCACCUUUACAGCUUGAGCCUAGGGCUGAUCAAAACUGUUUUCAAACGAAGAUGUUGUUGAAAAGUUGCCUUCUUGAAACCAAAUUUUAAAAAUGAGUUUUCAAAAUGUUCUGGGGUUUUUACUCCCCCUCUCCAUGCCAACGAGAAAAAGAGGGGAAACGGGUGAAAAUGGGAAAAAUUUGAAACCAAAAAUUUUGGGUCAAAAAAUUUUUUUUUGGAAAAUAAUGAAAGCAGGUUGUGAAGUUUUCAAAACUAACCAAAUUUUCAAAAUCCAUCCCACUCUCCCACCCCCAAAUUGCAUCUGUUUUCAUUUUUCAAUCAAUUGGCUGUAACAGACUCGCGUCCUCCGUGGGUUGGGCACCUCGGUAACAUCCGCAGACUUGUGGGUCACAUGUGGGUGCACUUGGAAAGUUACAGGGAACCAAUGUGCAGUGUCUGCUGAAAACCACAAGAGGCUGCAGUGGCAGCUGAGUCCUCCCUGUUUUUAACAGGUGGAAUAGUGAGAGCACAGGGCAAAGUUUGAUGCAAUCACAGGGGAAGUAGCCAGUUUAGGAUCAAUAAGAGCAGACACAGAUUUAUCCAAUGUGUGAUUCCCUGCCCUCAGGGAGUCAGACACAGUCGCUAGGUACGGGGUGUGCCAGUUAAUAGCCUUUAUAGCCAUCUCUGCAAGCUCUGAUCAUGGGGUUAGAGGAAUCAUAGUGGGGAUUAGGGAGAAAUUCUUUCCCACCGUAGAGCUAGUUAUACUGGCAGAGGGGAGGGUUGGCUUUUCCUCUGACGCAAUGAGCAAUGGCCACUGCCAGAACAGAUGGACCACUGAUAUGAGAGGGGGUGAUCCCAGACUAGCUGGGGCAGUGGCCCUCUCGGAUGUGAAUCCUCUAAUGCUCCUCUAUAAAUUCAGAGUUAAUGGCCACAUCUGCAGCUCUGUUAGCUUCUGUGGAUUUGUUAACUCCAUAGGUGCUGGAACUAGGGGUUUUCCCACACCCCCUGGCUUGCCGUGGUUUCCAUUAUAUGCAUGGUUUGCAGUUUGGCUCAAUGGCUCUAAGCACCCCGCUAUACACAUUGUUCCAGCCUCCCUGCACAACUCUGAGGUCUCUUCCCCCACCCUCCAAACCCUGGUGCUGUUUCCCCCAGGAAUUCUCUCUCUGUGGCACGUGACUCUCCUACUCCCUGCACAGGGAAAGCUCUGGGUCAGAUCAUUCUGGCGGCCGGGAAAGUCUCCAGCGAGGGAUGGUGACAGAUGCAUAUCUCUCCAUCAGACAUGGUUUGGUUCAGCUGCGGCAGGCCUGAAAAUUAUUUCCCUGUGAACAACUUCAUUUCUGUCAACAGCCGUCUUUGAAAAAUGUUGGCGGUGUUAUUGAAAACUCCUCCAAAAAUCGUUGUUUUUCAGCCAACAAAAAACAAACACUUUCCAUGUAUAACCAAAUGAUUUCACCUGCACACCCCUGCCCCCCAAAAAAUAUUGGGAAAUAUAUCUUGGAAGAUAAUGUCCAUUUUGUCAAAAAAACAACAUUUUCCAGCCCAAAAUAAAACUCUUGAUGGAAAAUUUACAACCAGCUGUAGUUACAACCUGUAGGCACCAGAUGGUGCCCUUCUGCCAACAGCAGAGCACUCGAAGUGGAAAGUUGCACUCAGCAUAAAAACAGGUCUCAGAGUAGCAGUCGUGUUAGUCUGUAUUCGCAAAAAAGAAAAGGAGGACUUGUGGCACCUUAUAGACUAACAAAUUUAUUUGAGCAUAAG